AUAUCCUAUAAUUAUUAUUUCUACUACUAGUAAUUUCAAGUAUAUAGUACUAUAUAAACAGUGUAUUUUAGAAAACGAAUUUUGGGACUUGGAUGCCCGGCAAAGUUCAGAAAUGGCUCCUCCUCCAUAUCAUUCUCCGCCUUCUUACUACAAUUCUUCAGCUUUUGCAUCUUCCGGUCUCCUAGAUAAUGAUCCAUUUGACACAUCAACUAUAUAUAAAAUCCAUGGAAUUUCUAGUCCUAACCGAAUAAAAAAUGGAUACGGAGAAAAUCUGAAUUUUGUUCAAAGUGAUAUUUCAAAUAGGGGACUAAAUUUCAUGAACAGCAAUUCAGAAAAAGAUUCCAAAGUAGCAGUAGCAGUUUCCAAAUCUGUUACUGUUGUGCAAAAAGAUGUGGCAGCGCCUAUAGAAACUUAUGGGACUGAAUUGGAAACUAGUAUAUCACUGAUGAAGUUGAAAGAUUCAUUUAAGAAGACAGUUGAUGAUAAGUUACCAAUAAUGUCAAAUGAAUCUCCUGCCAAGAAAAUUGGGGAUGGAAAGUUUUUGGAUGAUCUAGAGAAGAACUUUUUAGGGAAGAAGAAUAGUGAAAUUCCAACCUUGGAUCCUCCUCCACAGCUCACUAGAAAUGUGAAUCGAAAUAAUAAAGACAAUAAGGAAACUUUACAAAAAAUUCAAAAUGGUGAUCGAUAUGCAAAAUCAUCUGAAUUAUCAGAGAAGAAUGAUACAACAUCUGUGUUGAACAAAAUUUGGUUUGAAACUACCAACAAUGGUAACUUGAAGCAAAAUAACAAAAACAUUCAAUCUGACACCAAUUGGGGACAAACUCAGACUGAAACCUAUGUUGUUAAUUCAGAAUUUGGACAAUUCAAGAGUAACAGAAGAUACGACCCUGUUCACUGUUCGAACACUUCAAUUUAUUCAAAUCCCCUCUCCCACGGUGUGGAAGUUGAUCAGGCAACUUUCAACUAUUCAGCUAGUGAGUAUAGUACUUUCAAUAUCAUAGUGGAAGAAGUACUUGUAGACAUAUCACCAGAGGAAAUCCCAGUUUUGCGAAUGAAAGAUAUACCCGAUAGGCCAGAAUCAAGAACAGUAUCUCUGAUUGACGAACCAAUAGAAGUUUCUCAAGGUAUGUAA